CUGUGAUGGCGGAAGAGCUCCGCGCAUGCGCAGAGCAGGAACGUCUUAGUUUAUAUUUCGCGCGGCUGCUGAUUCCUGCCCGAGGUUUGUGUCCUUGUCCUGUCAUUAGUUAUUGCUAUUAUAGCUGCGUUUUGGCACGUUAGACGCUCUGCUCUGGGGUUCACAUGGCUGUGCAUCAUGGGUAACGUAGUCCACAGCAGCAGGAGUGCAAAAGAAGCCAAGCAUGAGUUGGGUAACAGGUGUGGGCGUGUCAGUGGUUACUGGUGAGCAGUGAUGGCUGAGCCUGGCACCCCAGGUGUUCCAGAGCAAUGUUUAAUAGAAAAGUAGCUGAGCAUCAUGGGAAAUGUAGUCCAGAAGCAGCUGGGGUGCCAGGGACAGCUUCACUGGGUGUUCUUGUAGCCAAUAUCUGAGUCAUGUCCUUGUCAAACCUGUGACCAGAUGUGGUGUGAAAAGAAAUAAAUCCCAGUAGAAAUUUAACUUUAUAAAAUUGCUACCAGCACACCCAGGGAAUUGGUACAUUUUAGGAAACAACAUACUAUUUCUAAAUGUGGUAUUUUAAUUGUUUUUUUUUUUUUUCAUACCUGCCAAUUGUCCUGAGUUUACUUUGGAGCAGUCCCUAGUUUUGUCUCGACAUAUGGCCAAUGUUUUACGUAUAUCAUCGGUUAUAGCACAUGUUUUCGUGCUGGAGCAGUGCUGAUGGGUGCAUUGCCAGCCCUUCCUCUUCAUGUAUACAUUGAUGAGUGGGCUUGGCAUGCAAUGUGCCAUCCUAUCAGCUCUGCGUAUACAGCAGUGAGAGGGCUUGGCAUGCAGUGCAAUGUGCCAUCCUCUUCACUCUGCGUAUACAGCAAUGAGAGGGCUUGGCAUGCAAUGUGCCAUUCUAACCAUUCCUGUAUAUACAGCAAUGAGAGGGUUUGGCAUGUAAUGUGCCAUUGUAACCAUUCCUGUAUAUACAGCAAUGAGAGGGCUUGGCAUGCAAUUUGCCAUUGUAACCAUUCCUGUAUAUACAUCAGUGAGAGGGCUUAGCAUGCAAUUUGCCAUUGUAACCAUUCCUGUAUAUACAUCAGUGAGAGGGCUUAGCAUGCAAUUUGCCAUUGUAACCAUUCCUGUAUAUACAGCAAUGAGAGGGCUUGGCAUGUAAUGUGUUAUCCUAUUCACUCUGCGUAUACAGCAAUGAGAGGCCUUGGCAUGCAAUGCAAUGUGCCAUCCUUUUCACUCUAUACAUACAGCAGUGAGAGGCCUUGGCAUGCACUGUGCCAUCCUCUUCACUCUGCGUAUACAGCAAUAAGAGGGCUUGACAUGCAAUGCAAUGUGCCAUCCUCUUCACUCUGCGUAUACAGCAAUGAGAGGGCUUGGCAUGCAAUGUGCCAUUGUAACCAUUCCUGUAUAUACAGCAAUGAGAGGGCUUGGCAUGCAAUGUGCCAUUGUAACCAUUCCUGUAUAAACAGCAGUGAGAGGGCUUGGCAUGCAGUAUACCAUCUUGUAUUCUCCAUACUUUGGCAUGCAUACUGCAUCGCAGAAAGUAUUGCUGAUCUGUGGGGACAUUUGGCUGUGAUUUUAGUUUGAGAGCAUGGACAGACUCCUUGGAUUUGGCAGAGUUGGGAAAAAUGUAUCAUUUACAAAUGCCCCAGUGUUCAGGAUAGCUAAUAUGGGAUGCUUGGAGCGUGGCCUCAUUCAGAAACGUAUCAGUCAACAACGCAUGUGCAGGUGAACUAUACCUCCCAAUAUUGUGAGAUAUGCAAGAGCCUUGAGUUCAUUAUGUGAUUGCUCUUCACUUACUGGGAACUUUUCUGUUUAUCCACAGAAGCAGAGAACAAAGAAGGGGCCCACAAUCUCAAUUGCUCCUCUGAAUCCAGGACGGUUGGGGGUAUGCUGAAUUAACCAUUCAUUUAGUCUGCUGGGGGUUAUACUGAACUGACCUGCAUAACUACCAAUGAGUACAUGAAUAUGUGCAGUUCAUGAGUUAAUCAGAUUCUGUAUGUGCAAAACCAAUUUGUGUAGGACUAGACUUUUGUAAAGACCGCUCAGGCUGGUGUUUCAUUCAAGAAUACAAACAAAGGGAAUACAACUUUUUUUUUUUUUUUUUUAACUAAGAAUAAAGUUACCAAUAUUUCAAAUUCUUCUGUGAACUGCAAAUACCCACCUCUGCCACCCAGGAAGUUGUUCAGUCAAUCAUUGCUGUCUUGUUUUUCAUGCAGAUGCAAAUCAAAUGCCAUAAACUGAUGUAUAGUACAGCUGAAAGCGAUAUAGCUUAAUAUUCACAUCAUACAUAAAAACCAUCAAUGAAGCUAUUUGUGCAGGGUAAAAAAAUGUAGUAUGUUAUUUUGUAGGGUUUAAUACUGCCCGAACAGCUUUCUGUAGAAAUCUUGACAGCUAAACAUAAAAUCCUAUUAUACAGCCUUUAUGGUUAAUACAGCUGCACAUGAUAAACACAAUAGUAUACACGUAGCACAACCUGUUGUACCUUAAAGGUCCCUAAACACAGAUUUCAUUUGGUGUGUGUGGGUUUCCAUUUUAAGAGACAUUUCACUACCCAACUAACACAAAUCACAGUUUAGUAGGUACACCCCAAUGGAAAUAUGCAUGCAUUAUCUAAAAACAACUUCCAAAAAGCUGCAAAUCUCUUGCCAUGUCUCCGCUUCUACCCCAGUGUAGACUUUCUGUGGCUCUCCAAUCACAGACAUUCUAAUUCAGCUCACUGAGAAUUAUUUGCAAGCCAGGUGCUCUGGACAACUGCCUGCCUCUCGAGUUUAGCUCCACUGAGCUAAGCAACCAAGAAGUAACAAGAACUCUUGUCUGAUUGACAGCCAAGGGGAUGUAACCAGGUAAAUUUAUAAAAGUGUAAACCUCUGUCAAAAUCUGCACUUUUUAUAAAAUGACAAAAAGAAGAUACAUUCUUCACUAGUGAUGUCCCGAACUGUUCGCCCCGUUUCGACGCGGACUCCAGUCAGCUGACACAUUCCAGCCAAUCAACAGCAGACCCUGCCUCCCAGACCCUCCCACCUCCUGGAUAGCAUCCAUUUUGAAGCUGCAUUCUUAGUGAGCUGUCCAGGAGGUGGGAGGGUCUGCUGCUGAUUUGGCUGGAAUGUGUCAGCUGACUGGAGUUCGUGGCGAACAGUUCGGGACAUCACUAUUCUUCACACAUAAAGCACUUCAGCUUGGGUCUGGAGUGUCCCUUUAACUCAGACUCCCAAAGAUGGAGGUCAGAGAAUAGUGCAAUGCAGUGGGAAGGACGCAGACAAACCACAUCAUUUGUAUUCACAAUGAUGUGGAAUUCAUUCUGUAUUUGUCAGGGUUGGUACAAUUUUUUGAAACAGAAAAGUAUCAGGCCAAGUGAAGGGGAGCGGUAUUGGUAAUAUUGACGCGAGAAACUGGCAGGGACAGAUGUAGAUAGGCUUAUAUGGCUGCAUUUUUCAUUGUAGGCUUUCCACUGGAAAAUGGCGAUGAAUGACAGCCAUAGGCGUUUCAUUCAAGUGCUGAUGUCCCAUGGAAUAAUGGAAGCCUCAGCUGUACGGAAGUUGCAUAGGCAUUGCUGUGAAAUACACAAAGGUCAGUACCUGUCUGUCCACUUACCAAUAGCGCUGUGACAUAAAAAAAACUUCAUAAUGUAGUGUGUUUGUAGAUUUUCCGUAGUAACAACUUUUUUUUUUUUACGCUAUUGAUUGGUUAAAACAGUCUUGUUAUAAUUAUUGUGAAAAGGAUACCUGUAGGAAAGUUUCUAGGAGAGAAGGCAAACGUUUACAUAUCCUUUCUUAGAAAACAGUCUUUUAGUUGCAGAAAUCUCAAAUGAAUUGGUAACGGCUGCAUCAGCAGUAAAAGUAUCUCAAUGUUUAUGGGAAAAGUACCAGAGCAUUGGCAGCAGGCAAGUACGGACAUCCUUCAGAUCUGGAUGUAAAUCAAGAAGAAAAGAGUCUGCUUUCAGGAAAAUAUUUUGAGAUAGAAUCUUUUUUUUAUAAUAAAAACAUCAAUUAAUCAAUCUCAGAAUAUGCACAGAACGUGUAAGGUACUUUUUCUACAUAACUUGCGUGGUGUAGAUUGGCUUUUACCAACUGGAUAAAGGGUUAUGUUUUUAUUAUAAAGAACAAUGAUUUUAUCUUGACUUUUUCCUCCAAUGAGCUGGCUAUUUUAUGUUUUUUUUUUUUUUAAGGUUGUACUGUGUUAUUUUUAAACACUUCAGCAGGUUUUUUUUCGGUCCGUUAAGAAAGUAUAAUGUGUCAGAAGGUAGACCUUCUGCCCAACUAAUCCGGGCUGCACGCAUGUUGACUGCUGCUAAAAAGCUCUUGCAUCAACAGAAAUACCUAGCAUUUUGCUUCUUUGGCAUUAACAUUUUUAACCAUUUUAGACUGAAGUUUGCAAUUUGGAUUUCAUUUCACUAUAGUUAAUAGUUUGGAAAAUAAACAGAUAUAGUUAAUAGUUUGGCAUGCGAGGGUUUUAUAUUGGAGUAUUUGGUUUUCACUUAAUUCUCGUUCUAGCAUUCAUUCAUGAGUCUCAGAGACAGGAGUAAGCAACAUGCCAGUUAUUAGAAAUACGUUUAUACUCAUGGAUAUUUACAAAAGUGAGAGUUGGGAAGAAUUCAAAACUUAAGUCCGAAGUAUCCAAACUUCAAAAGUAUUCCAAGUCAGCUUUGUUCCAGUUUGACUACUUAAACUGGGCAGACUAGAUGGGCUGACUGGUUCUUAUCUGUCGUCACAUUCUAUGUUACUAUGUAAAAAUUAAAUUCUAUUUGUCAAUUCUCACUUCAGUGAAUUGUGAGUCAAGAAAUUGAUUAUUGUUUUGUUUUUUCCAGUUCAUUACGUGCAUGACAAAUUAGAUGAUUUUAUUGAUGUUCUAAACAAGCACUUGAAGCCUGUAUUUAUGGAAAUAAGGAAAAGAUUUGGUGAAGAUGAUGGGAAACGAUACUAUGCCCUGGUGAGUGGAUAAAACACAUUGGUUAUGUUUUCUCCUAUGUUUUGCAGUUGAUGGAGUAAAAAGAUAAUUAUUGGGGUCCAUAUGACCCCUGACUUCUGGCUUUUUUCAAUAAAAUGAAUAAAACACCAUGCUGGGAAUUUUUUUUUUUUUUUUUAACUCUUCUCAGACAGACCGGAAUAAAAAAAAAAAAAGUUUUUAGUUCUUUAUUUUUAUUGUGCAAGUGUUAACAAAAAUGCUUGAAACGCCACGACAGCUAUAACAAGCCUAAUAGAAAUGGGGAAAAGAUAUUAUCAGCAUGGCCUUCAUAGAAGCUGAACAUUUUUUUAAAUUAAAAUAACAAAAUAAGAGACUUGUGUAAACUAAAAAAUUGUAUGGCGCAUAGAGUAGUCAUGCAUAUUUUUAGGAAAUGUAUAGAAUAACAUGCGGACAGGCGAGUCUAAGUGAAGUGACCGAGAGAGACAUGCAAUACUAGCUGGUUAUGAGUUGUACAUCUCUUGUAUAAGGGUCUACUGUGUGCUAGGGUAGCUACAUAGAGUAAGGAGUACUAAACUGUGAUUGUAAUAUAACCUGUUAAGUGUAUACUAGACUGCCUGUGACUGAUAGAAACAGUAAUCGUACCACUGGACAUGAGCCCCCGAAGCGACAUCAGCAAAAUAAAACUGGAUGAUUGCCCGCUGGGGAGAGAUUUGACAGGGUGAGUCUGCAUAGCUCGGCACCGGGCCAUUCACAUAGCUCUGUAAGCGGACCCUUACAAAAGAUCGCCAGACUACCCAUACCCCCAGUUUGUCCUGUGGGAGAUUACAGAGUAAAGUCCCAGCAGGCAGACAUUGUCAGCAUAAUGUGCUCAAUACGCGCCAUCCUUAGAUGACCUCAGUUACGGUCCUCCAGUGAGCCGCGAUGGUGGGGAUUUACUUGGUAGUCUUAGCUUUGGCGUUCACCCUCCAGGGUAUAGGUCUGCAAUGGAGACUUCCACUUGGCUUGAGGCUUGGGUAAGCGAGAGGCAGCAGCUAGGCACAGGCGUCAAAUGUGCUGUGCGGGCAUGAGCUCUUACAGACUCUCCAGGAUCUGUUGGCUCGGUAGCGAGACCUUUUGGGCUAAGGUAUAGCUCAGGGUGUGUCAGGCCGUCUUCCCUCUGUUGGACGAGUGGUGGGGCCGAUCUAGCGGGAAUCACUGCGGCGGCCUUCUUAGUUCCUGGACAUCGGGGCAGUCUCAGCCAAUCUUGCCGACAUCAGCCCCGGACCUGUCCAGCGGGGACCGGGAUACCCCCUAAGGUCCAAAGGCAGCCAGGUAGGUGAAUGGGGUGGCGGCCCUCUGUGCCGCUCUUCCCCUGAGCUCCAAAGCUUCGUGCAACCUGGGGGGGGGCACUGAAGCUCCUGGUCUCUGAGUCAGCAGUGGUGCCAACAACGGUCUGUGUGCUGUACUGUUUCCUUCUGUUAUAGCAUCGCUGGACGUCCUCACGCUAUGAGCUCUUACAGACUCUCCAGGAUCUGUUGGCUCGGUAGCGAGACCUUUUGGGCUAAGGUAUAGCUCAGGGUGUGUCAGGCCGUCUUCCCUCUGUUGGACGAGUGGUGGGGCCGAUCUAGCGGGAAUCACUGCGGCGGCCUUCUUAGUUCCUGGACAUCGGGGCAGUCUCAGCCAAUCUUGCCGACAUCAGCCCCGGACCUGUCCAGCGGGGACCGGGAUACCCCCUAAGGUCCAAAGGCAGCCAGGUAGGUGAAUGGGGUGGCGGCCCUCUGUGCCGCUCUUCCCCUGAGCUCCAAAGCUUCGUGCAACCUGGGGGGGGGCACUGAAGCUCCUGGUCUCUGAGUCAGCAGUGGUGCCAACAACGGUCUGUGUGCUGUACUGUUUCCUUCUGGCUUGGAGUAGUAUUAAAAGCCCAGAUUAUCAGCCGAAAAGGCCUCAGUCUGCAGGAGCCUCUGCCGCAUGUGCCGAGUCAGCAAGGCGGUCAGGCCCAGCCCCCCAAAUUUCCUAUUUUUAUUUUUUGGCCACUAUUUUUUUUUUUUUUGUGCACAAUGAGUUUCCCAGACAAAGUUCAGCCUCCCUUUGACUGAAGAUCCCAGUAAUCAACCUGUUUAGAAUAAGUUCAAAUUUAGAUAUUUGAACGACUAAGAGAGACACUCAUAUAUCUAUCCAAGUCCUCUUGCCCAUGGGAAUAGAAAAAGUUUCAGAAGAAAUUAAAGGGAUACUGUAGUGCCAUGAAUGCAAAGCUAUAUUCCUGGCACUACCGAUCCAUCUGCCUCCCUCGCGCCACCGCCUACCCAGUAAAUAAAGGGUUAAAAACUAUAUUUACCUACCUUUUCCCAGCGCAGAUGUCCCUCGGCGCUGGGUUGAAGCUGCGCCCCCUCCUCUGUCCCGCGACGAGCAGGGUCUAAUGUGAAUGCGCGGCAAAUGCCAUGCGCGCAUUAGACCUCCUCGUAGGAAAGCAUCGAAUCAAUUCUUUCCUAUGGGAAAAAUCUGACGCAGGAUGUCCUCAUGUAGAGCGUGAGGGCGUCCAGCGUCAGAUAACGGACCAAAAGUCUGUUUGGAUUCCGGAAACUCUCUAAUGGCUGUCUGGUAGACAGCAUUUGAGGGCAGACUUACUGCUGCAAUGUAAACAUCGCAGUUCUCUGGAACUGCAAUGUUUUACAUUGCAGCAAUAUGUGCAAAAGGGUCACCGCACCCAGACCACCUCAAUGAGCAGACGUAGUCUGGGUGCCUACCGUGUCCCUUUAAAGUACAUCUAUUAUAGGACAUAAAAAAUGUUAAAGGGACACUCCAGGCCCCCAGACCACUUCUGCCCAUUGGAGUGGUCUGGGUGCCAAUUCCCACUAUCCUUAACCCUGCAAGUGUAAUUAUUGCAGUUUUUAAGAACUGCAAUAAUUACCUUGCAGGGUUAACUCCUCCUCUAGUGGCUGUCCAGUAGACAGCCACUAGAGGGCACUUCCUGGUUUAUAGCACAGGUGUUUUUUUCUAUUAUAGCAUCGCUGGACGUCCUCACGCUAUGUGAGGACCUCCAGUGUCGCUAAAAUCCCCAUAGGAAAGCAUCGAAAGCAUUUUCAAUGCUUUCCUAUGGGGAGGUUCAAUUCGCGUGCGCGGCAUUGCAGCGCAUGCACAUUAGGUCUCCCCUGAUGGCGGCCGCGCAUGCGCAGUCGGUCUCCCCUGACGGCUGACGUCUGACAUCGGCGGUGGUCUCAGGUAAGUCACUGAAAGGGUUAGAACCCCUUCAGCAACAUGUGAUGGGGGUGGGAGGGAGAGGGGACCUGCAGUGCCAGGGAAAACUAUUUGUUUUCCUGGCACAGGAGUGUCCCUUUAAGUCCCUAUCUAUCCCCCAGCAAUGAGUAUCUGCUUAUUUCUCUUGUAUUUUCUCUAUUUAUCUUUUUUCUUCUGAAUGCAGUAGGUUUUUACCUGUGUUGUGUGCUCCUUUCAAUAUUGGCCUCUUAUUUUGCUCGCCGGCUCCUUUUGUGGGUUUUUAUAUAGCGAUUAGUUCAUUUUGGCACAAAUACACUGACGUCCUGUUUGCGCGAAUGCGCAUGCGUUCGGUUAUUUAAUUGCUAGUCACGUUGGAAUUACAGCAAGCCACUGAUGGGGCAUAAAGCCUAAGUGGUCGGAUCUAUAGUUUAAAUAGCUUCAGGAAUUCUCUAAAUUGAGAAAACACCCAUUUCCACCAGUCACUGUGAAAAACUGUUAAUGUUUCUAGAUCUACCUUCAUCUGUGUUAGGUCGGUUUCAUUUCAGUAAAUAUUCAAUUAAAAGUUCCAUAUGUCAUUUGGACAACUUCUCCAUUAUUUGUUUAGCAGACACCAAAUUGCUCCAAAUUUUACUUUGUGCCAUUUACUGAACUGAUCUCUGUAUUUCAUUUCCUGGCUAAUCAUGGCAGCAUCACUUAUGGGUAGCUCCUCCCUUAGCAGUCACAGGACAGGAAUUAAUUAGAUUAAUUAAUCAGACUGAUAGGUAUAAGGAGUCCCUCCUCCCCCUACACCUCAGUCUUUUUUCCUGUCCUUAGCAAGUUCUACAGGACUUUUUACAUUUUGUUUUAUGGCCACCUUCCUGUGUUUGUCGUGGGUUCGUUCCAAAUGAAGUUCAGCCUCUCUUCAUUUGAAGGACCCAGUAAACAGCCUGCAUGAGCAGGACUAACUGGGUCAGGUUCAGUGUAAGUACUGGACUGCAGCGUGGGAAGUAAGUGUUUGAGGGAGACACUAUUUUCUGUUUAAUUGUGGGGUUGGUUAGCCUUAAAAAUUCCCCCUGUUUUCAGCCUGCCCCUACUAAUUAUAUCCCCCCCCCCAUACCUUGUUGGCAGUAUUUGAAUCCAUGCUUAGGGGUCUUGUCCUUUAGGAUCUGUUUCUUGCCUCUUGUUUGGUGCCUUCCCUGGCUCUGUUCCAGCCUCUGAUGGGUUAAAUGUGGGGCUGUGCAGGCUUCCCUGCUCCCUGGGGCUCCCUGUGCGCCCGGGCAUUGGGGGCUGGAACGCAUUAUGCGUUCCAGCCGACUGUUUGUUGCUCGCAGCCGGUUCCGGCGAAACCGGAAGUAAUUUGCAUGCCGGUCGCGAGCGUUUGGAACGCAUAGCGUGCGUUCCAGCGCUCUGCGCAUGCGCGAACCGGGCAAUCAGCUGUUCGCUGCCCGGACCUUUUUAAAAGCAUCUAAUACAGCUGCCUUGGCGCUAUAUCUGCUAGCCUUAUGUUGGUUUACCCCUGGGGAAAGCAUUGGUGUCCAGUUUGUGCCCAGCUACUCCUAUCUGCUGCCUGGCUGCAUAGUGGAUGUUCUGCUCUUUAAGGUAGGAUUGCUGUUUUUACUACUUAUUGGAAGUAUUGCUUUGUCAGUUUGUCUAUUUAUCCCUUUGGGGAAUUAGGUCUUGGAUUUUCCUUUGGUUCUUCUUUAUAGUAUGGAUUCUCCCUCUGCCUCUGCAAGAUCCCUCUCUAGAAAACAUAGGUGAGCCAUUUCUUAAUUUUAUUGGGGGGGGGUGUUGUUAAAAGAGUGCCAUACUGAGCCUGUAAUAUAUGUCAUAUAUGGCUUCAUUCCAGCCCCAGCAUUCAUUUGGAUUCUCCAGCGAGAAAAUCACGGGAAAAGUCAAAUAAAUGCAUUAAUUGUUCUUCGCCUGCUCCGAAUAGAAGGAACCUUUGCAAGGAAUGCUUGUUGGAAGUCGCUGAUGCCCCCAGUAGGAGCUCUCCACAAGACGACCUUAAGCUCUGGAUUUCUCAGGCUAUUGCUGAGGGCUUUAUGGCUACCACGGGAUCUAGUGGUCCAAGUAAGAGACGCAGAGCGGAACCUCAGUCUUCCAGCUCUGAUGAGGACCCUGAUGUCUGGGAGGUAUCAGAUGAAGGUGAGGAGGAAGCUGAAUAUGCCUCCACGUCUCUUGACUCCAGGUCUAUGGAUAGACUUAUUACCCUUCUCAGAGACACUCUUAGUCUCACUGAAGAAAGAUCUGAAUUGAAGGAGGCUGACAGGUUUUUUGAGGACCUAAAGCCUAACAGACCUACUUUCCCGGUGCAUGCGCCAAUCAGGGAUAUGAUCCUUCAGGAAUGGAAUAAGCCUGAAAAGAAGUCCACCUUAAAAAAAUAAGUUUGCGAGGGUUUAUCCGUACUCUACAGUGGAUUGCUUCCUGUGGAACUCAGUUCCUAAAAUUGACGCUGCAGUGAUCCAUAUGGCUAAGAAAACUGCACUGCUUAUUGACUCCAUGGCAUAUCUCAGGGAGCCUAUGGAGAAGCGUAUGGAUGGAGACCUGAUUAAAGACUACUUGGGCCUAGGGUCCGCCCUUCAUCCGGCAGUGGCACUGACGACUCUCUCCAGAGCCUUGAAAGUGUGGCUCGCUAAUCUGAAGGACGACAUUGAUCAGGGUGUCCGUAGGGAACAUCUGUUGGAAAGCUUCAAGGACUUUAGUCUAGCCACGGAAUUCUGUUCAGAGGCCUCCCUGGACAUCACUCGCUUGAUUGCCAAAAGCAUGGCCCUGUCUGUGGCUUCUAGAAGGGCCUUGUGGCUUCAUUCGUGGGGUGCUGACUAUGCUUCUAAGGCUUCCCUGUGUGCACUUCCGUUCCGAGGGAAUCUCCUUUUUGGGAAGAUUCUGGAAGAUGCUAUUCAAAAAGCUGCUCAUGGGAAAAAGGCGUUUACCUCAAGCUGGCAGAAAGAGUUUUUCCCUCCUCCUGGAAGACCAAGCGCUUCAAGGAUCGGUCCUUUCGGGACAGCAGGAGCUAUAAAUCAGGAAGGGAGUUUUCCAGGAAUUCUUCAUGGAAAUCCUAUUCACACUCAUCUUCCAAUAAGGCUUCCAGAGGAAAGGGUGCUAGAACCUCAGGGAAGAACUUCUGAAGGUCCCCAGGCCCGUUCGGGGACGGCAGGAGGUAGACCGAAGUUCUUCUACCCCAUAUGGGCCAGCAAUAUUUCAGACCUAUGGGUCACUUCCAUCGUAAAAGAAGGUUACAGAAUAGAAUUCUCAUCUUAACCGAAAACUGCAUUCUUCAGAAGAUCAAAGGUGCCGGUAGGCAUCAAACGAUGGGCCAUGAGGUCCUGCAUUUCUGUACUCCUGGAACAAAAAGUGGUGAAGAAGUUCCAAAACAGGAAUGGUUCCAGGGAAUUUACUCCACGGUCUUCUUGGCCCCAAAACCACAGGGAAAGUGGUGUCUCAUCUUGAAUUUGAAAGGCAUGAACUCCUUGCUCGACGUAAGGACGUGCAAAAUGGAAUCCUUAAGGACCAUCUUGAAGUGUGUCAAAAAGGAGACUGGAUGACCUCAAUAGACUUAAGGGACGCCUACUAUCAAUCUUGGGUCCAUCUCAAGGAAUUGUAGCUCAACAUACGUCGGUGGCAAUGUCCAUUCUUCAAGACCAUGGUUGGCUCCUGAACGUGGGAAAGAGCUCCCUCGUUCCUGCACAAACUAUCGUUUUCCUGGGUACGGUGGUGAAUACCGUGUCUGCACAUGUGUUCCUGUCUCCAGAAAGGGUCACGAAGAUCAGAGACAAAGUAAGGAAGCUGCAAGUUCUCGAAACUGCACCUGCAAGAGAAGUCAUGAGUCUCCUGGGUUCCUUGACUUCAACAAUAGGCUUGGUGAAGUGGGCCCAGAACUGCUUCCUUCUCCAGUUCAACAGAGUGGAAGCGGAUUGGGAACAGAUGAUAUCUCUUCCCCUUCCCAUAAGGAAAGGCUUAAACUGGUGGAAGAGCGAGAGGAAUUUGACAACAGGCUUCCCGUUGGAAGACCCCCCCCUUGGAAGGUUAUUACAACAGAUGCCAGUUCUUUUGGAUGGGGUGCCCACUUCAGUCCUGUAUGGACUCAAGGGAAGUGGACCCGAGAAGAGUCGCCUACACUCAAACUUAAGGGAACUGAGAGCGGUUUACAAGGCCAUUUUGAGAUUCCUGCCGAGGCUAAGGAAUUCUUGGGUUCUAAUCAAAACAGACAACCGAGCGGUGGCCUCAUAUGUGAACAACCAAGGUGGCACGAGGAGCAGGUUGCUCCUGGAAGAGCUGGCUCCCUUAAUGGCUAUAGCCAUGACCUAUCGUCAAGGCCUGAAGGCGAUUUAUCUCCCAGGUUCGGAGAACGUAACGCAGACUUCCUCAGCAGAAAGGAAAUUCUUCCGGGAGAAUGGCAACUUCACCCGGCGAUCUUUGCAGAAAUUGCUCAUCGGUGGGGCAUGCCCCAGAUCUACCUGAUGGCAUCAUCUCAGAAUCACCAGGGGGAGAAUUACUUCUCUCUCCAUCCGGACUGUCAGGCACUGGGCCAGGAUGCUCUCUCUCUGCCUUGGUCGUUCGAUCUGGGGUAUGUUUUUCCCUCCCCUACCCAUGAUACCCAGGUUCCUGCGGAAGGUUUGGUUGGAAGGCAAGAAAGUCAUUGCCGUAAUUCCAAUUUGGCCUCGGAGGCCGUGGUUUCCCCUAUUGGCCAUGAUGAGCCAGGAACAACCUUGGCCUCUUCCAGUGAUGGAGGAUCUGCUAUCGCAGGGCCCUGUAUUCCAUCCUCAUCCGGAAUGCCUCAAACUGGGGGUAUGGGUCUUGAGAAAGAAAGACUCCAAUUACUAGGUCUCGCGGAGGCGGUGAUCAUUACCCUUCUGCUCUCCAGGAAGGCUUCUACUUCUAAAUGCCACCAUAGGAUUUGGGAUGUGUUCCAAACUUGGGCAUCGUCUCAUAAUGUGGACUUUCGGCAUCCUAGCAAUACUGAAGUUUUGGAGUUUCUGCAAGAGGGCCUGGACAAGGGCCUUAGCCUCAGCACCUUGAAGGUUCAGUCUUCGGCACUUUCAGCUUUGUGCAACAUCUCAUGGGCUUCGGAUCUUUUGAUUUCCAGGUUCUUCAAAGCGGCCUUCAGGUUGAGGCCUCCUUCCAGAUCUACUACCCCUCCUUGGGACCUUCCUAUGGUGCUCAAUUAUCUUACUGAGGAUCUGUUUGUUCCUCUUGAAAGUUUGGAUGCUACUCUCCUGACGUAUAAAACUUUGUUUUUGGUGGCAAUUACUUCCGCAAGAAGGAUUUCAGAAAUUAAGGCAUUUUCUACAUCUUCUUCUUGUUUACGAUUCUACCAAGAUAGGGUGUGUCUGAAACCAAAACCAGAGUUUCUUCCUAAGGUAGUUUCUCAGUUUCACCUCUCUCAAGAAGUGGUUCUUCCAUCAUUUUACCCCAACCCCUCUUCUCAGGAGGAGGUUAGAUGGCAACGUUUGGAUGUCAUGAACUGCUUGUCUGCAUAUCUUAAACGUUCUGAGUCUUUCCGUAAAACGGACCAACUCUUCGUUUUGCCGUUGGGAGCAAGGAGAGGUGAGGCGGCUUCUUUAUCUACGUUGAAACGUUGGAUUUCUCUGAUAAUUAAGAAGGCGUAUAUCUCUAAAGGUAUAUCACCACCUCGGGAGAUAAGAACUCAUUCUACUAGAGCAUUAUCAACUUCAUGGGCUAGCUGGGCAGAGGUUCCAUACAAUGAUAUUUGCAGAGCAGCCACCUGGUCUUCUCCGAUGACAUUCAUGAAGCACUACAAACUUUAUGCGGAGUCUCCUUCCACCUCCUUUGGACAGAGUGUCCUGUCUACGGUUUCUUUAUCCAGUUGAUAUUAAACUUUUCUUUGCUGCAUGUGAUUCAGUUUGGUGUGAUUUCUUGGAUUAUUAUUCCCACCCUAUUUUUCUGUGAAGCUUGGGUAUUACCCAUAAGUGAUGCUGCCAUGAUUAGCCAGGAAUAGAGAAAAUUUAUGACAAACUUACCGUAAUUUUCUUUUCCUGGCUAUUUCUCAUGGCAGCAUCAGGGUUCCCGCCCAUUCUUUAUUUCAGCUUUAUAAUUGGACUGAGGUGUAGGGGGAGGAGGGACUCCUUAUACCUAUCAGUCUGAUUAAUUAAUCUAAUUAAUUCCUGUCCUGUGACUGCUAAGGGAGGAGCUACCCAUAAGUGAUGCUGCCAUGAGAAAUAGCCAGGAAAAGAAAAUUACGGUAAGUUUGUCAUAAAUUUUCUCUAUUAGUUAAUACCCAAAUUACAAUUACGGGUCAAAUUCUGUGAUUUUAACUGAAUUUUGCAUUUCUGGGAUUCCUUUGGAGAAAAUGUACUCAUGUAAGAUCAUUGCACCUGUCAAUUUUAAAUAUUAUGAAAUGAGAGCACUUUAAAGCAUUUUAUUUCUGAAUGAAAAGCACUCAAGAAGAUGACAGGAUAUAUGUUACAGCAUCACAUAAUAUGAACAUCUGCUACUCUGUGCAUCAUGUCAAAGUAUUUGACCACUAAGGCUUCUAUUCCCAUCUCAAUCCUCAAGGUGCACCAACAGUCUGUGAUUUAGGCAUAUCUUAAUUAUUUUCCCAUGCGGAUACUGACAAAACCUGGACCUCUGGGUUGGGAAUUUAUGUAACCUGUGUAGGUGGCAGCUAAUGUAGUUGGAGAAAUGUUGAGAAGAAAUUAAAAAUGAAAUCUCAAAGGUGUAAUUGCAAAGUACAUUGUUAUGUUGGCUUUAAGAAAAAAUAAAAAAAUUUCCCCCUUCUAGGUGAACACUGCGGAAAAUGACGUUGCUAAAAUGGCUACAGAUUAUGCAGAAAAUGAGCUUGAGCUGUUCAGAAAAGCUGUAAGUGUUUGCUUAGCAUACAAAUAGUGCAAUGUUGGUGGCUCCGGUUUUACACCUGCAAAUAAUGAAAUGAGUUCUGGUUCUAGAAUAACCAGGCGUGUUUACUGUAUUUUUUGGCAUGGCAUCAUGGAAGUCGUGGUUUUGGAACGGUUGGGGAUUUAAAGUAGCAGCGACCCUAAUUUUUUUGUUUUUUUUGUUUCCAUAAAUGUCAGGUUUAUAGCUUGCCUGUGCAUUGUGAGAGUUUUACUUUAGUUUGCUCAAGAACCAACCAUGAUAUCUGUCAAUUUCAAUUCCAAUAGAUAAAUUGCACAAACAUUCCAAGCCAGCUAGAUUCUCAAUUUUUGCCAUGGAUUUGCCCUAAAAUCUGAAACGUACUUAGAAUUUCUGACAAUUCACACUUUAGUGAAUAACCGUAUGUCUUUUUAUGAGUGAUGCAUGGCAUAUGCAGAUAUAAGUGUAAUUUUUGAAGUUGUGUGCCAUUUGUAAAGAUAAUAUAUUCUAUGUAAGGUAGGUUGAAAUGUGUGAUUAUAAAUAUAUUGUGCUAGUUUGUUCUACUUGUGAGCAUAAUAUGGUAGAGCGUUUUCUGAAUAUCUUGGGCACAUGAACGAAAAAUACAGAUUAAAACACGAGUAAUGUAGGUAUUUUGUUUACAUUUACAGUUGGACUUAAUUAUAGUGUCUACCAGUGGUUUUGCAUCCUCCACAUAUAUAUUGAACCUGGCUGACAAUCUGCAGAACAAGAAGAUGAAGAAAAAAGAGGCAGAACAAUUGUUGCAAAGAUUUGUUCAAGACAAAUGGCUUAUUGAGGUUAGAGAUUUAACAAAAAGUAAAACGUGUUGAAUAUAUAAUGGAAAAUUAAUGUGAUUAAAAAACACAAUUCAAAAACAUAUGGUGUCAGAACUAAAUAAUUCAAAUUGUUAUCAGUUCAUUUAGCACUAUUUAAUUUGUCUUCCAUGUUAAAAUUGGUUUAGGACCCACCGAUUAUUGAGGUAUUGUGGCACAGUGGUGGGCUUUAAACAAUAUGAUGAUACAGUUUCACCAUAAGGCCAUAUUUGUUUGCUGAUAUGGGUUGAUUUUUAAGUAGCCUUGUAAUAUGUAAAACUAUUUUUGUGUGUGUGCUGUUCCUUAAUCUGUAUUUUGCACCCCUUCUGAGAAAUUAAUGUUUGGGGUGAUCCAAUUCCCCCCUUUUUUGCUAUGUGAUGUUAAAGGGGCACUAUAGUCACCAAAACAAAUACAGCUUAAAAGGACACUAUAGUCACCAAAAAACUUUAGCUCAAUGAAGCAGUUUUCGUAUAUAUAGAUCAUGCCCCUGCACUCUCACUGCUCAAUUCUCAGCAAUUUUAAUAGUUAAAUAACUUUGUUUAUGCAGCCCUAGUCACUCCUCCCUGCAUGGAACUUACACAGCCUUCCUAAACACUCCCUGUCAUCUAAUGUUUACACUUCCUUUAUUGUAAUUUUUUUUAAUAUAGAAUGUCUUAUCUCCUGCUCUGUUAAUAGCUUGCUUGGAAAUAGCUAGUAAUAUAUCUUGAAAAUUAAAUCAUUUUUUUCCAUGCAGGCUGUGGGAGUCAGAGCCAGGGGAGGUGUGACUAGAGCUGCAUAAACAGAAACAAAAGUUAAAACCUUUUUUUUUUCUCGCCAUUAAAUGGUCUUUCUAAAGAUACCAUUAUUUUUCAUAUCAUAUAAUUUACUUUAAAAAAAUAUAUAAAAUAUGAAUUUUUUUUUUUUACAUUUUUUUUAAAACACACCUUUUCUAACUUUCACCCCCAAAAUCUGUUAUGCAUCUCCAACUGCCAAAAAUCACCCAUGUUAAGUAGUUUCUAAAUUUUGUUUAGAAAUAACCAAUGUUAACAUGUUACUAGUUUUUGUUUGUUUGUUUUUUUUGCAAGUUAUAGGGCAGUAGCACUUUGCAAUUUCCAAACCAUUUUUGUUUUUCAAAAUUAACUAAAGUUACAUUGUAACACUGAUAUCUGUCAGGAAUCCCUGAAUAACCUUUCACAUGUAUAUAUUUUUUAAAAGAAGACAACCUAAGGUAUUAAACUUGGGGUAUUUUGAUUCUUUUCAUGCAACCAUUUUUCCACUAAUCUAUGCCAAAUGAAAAUAAAAUAAUAAUAAUUGGUGUGUUUUUUUUUUUGUUGUUUUUUUUUAUUUUUUACACACAUAGCAAUUUAAGAAUACAUGUACUGAGGACUUUUAGGGUUACUGCCAAAUAACACCCCAAACUGUGUUCAGCAACAUCUCCUGAGUAAAGUGGUACCACCAAUGUAUAGGUGUGUCUGGUUCUCUGAGGUUAAAAGACCUUAUUUGGAGGGUGCACAUUCCAGUUUUCCAACUUGGAAUUUUCACAGCUGGUCAUCAUGCACCUAUGUCCUAUUUGGGACAUUUUUAAAGCCGGCAAAUGUAAUUUACCCCUAUCAAACCAUCUAUUUUUUUUUUUUUAAAAUAGACACCCUAGGGUGUUUCAAAUGGUGGUAUUUUAACACUCUCCAUGCACUAAUUCUACCACCAGUCUUUUUCAAACUUUUGGGUAGUCAUUUUUUAUUUUUCUUUAACAUUGUACUUUAGACAUGGAUUCUCAGUUCCUGUGAUGUGUUAAUUUCACCCCAAUAUGUGUUCAGCAAAAUCUCCUGAGAACAACAGUACCCCCAAUUUACAGGUUUUGUGUUUUUUUUUUUUUUUUUCAUACUUACAGGGGUCAAACGUAGGGCUUUCCCCUUUUCCAUGUUUGCACAUUGAAAUUCGCCAGAUUAGUUUGCUGGGCCUAUGUUGCCUUUGAGACUGUAUGGCACCCCAGGAAUAAAAAUUAACUCCAUCAUGGCAUACCAUUUGUAAAAGAAGACAACCCACAGUAUUCAAAAUGGGGUAUGUCCAGUCUUUUUUAGUAGCCACUUAGUCACAAACCCUGGCCAAAAUUAGUGUCUAUAUUAGUUUUUUUGCAUUUUUCACACAUAAACUGCCAUUUCACCGAUGAUAUGUAUUAUACUGAUAAUUUUACUACUCUAAAACACUCAUAUUUUUGUAGAGUAAUAUCUCACAAGUACAACAAGUAAUAUCUCACAAGUAUAGGUUUAUGGUGAUUUGGAAAGUUACAGGGUCAAACAUAAGAGAUACCAAUUUCUGUUUUUGUAAAUUGCUAUUUGCCAAAUUGGCUAUGUUGCAUUUGAGAUGGUAUAGCAGCCAAGAAAUGAAAAUUAAACCCACCAUGACGUACCAUUUGAAAAAGAAGACAACCCAGGGUAUGCAAAAUGGGGUAUGUCCAGUCUUUUGUAGUAGCCACGUAACCACAAACGAUUGCCAAAGUUAGCGUUCAUAUUUGUUUUUUGCAUUAUUUUAAACAAAAAGUUCACUUUUACUAGUGAUAUCGUCGUGAUCAGUUUAACUUUUUAAAACUCAUAUCUGUGUUCAGGGAAGUCUCCUGAGUAUAACAAUACCCCCCCAUCUAAAGGUUUUAUGGUGUUCUGGAAAGUUACAGGGUUAAAUAUAGGGCUUGCCAAUUAAAUUCUCUGGACAGUCUGCCUGGGUUGUCCGGUAGGGCCCUCAAAUGAUUAAUAAAAUCAAAUAAUGAUAUAGUUAAUAGUUAAGUGUGUGUGUGUGUGUGUGUGUGUGUGUGUGUGUGUGUAUGUAAAAAUACUUUUUUUAAAUUUACUAUAUAUAUAUAUAUAUAUAUAUAUAUAUAUAUAUAUAUAUAAUAUAUAUACACACACUUUUAUUUCCUAUAAAUGUAUAAUAUAAUGUAAAAUAAUUAAAGCAUUAUAUAAUUACAUUAGAAGUGUAUUUUGAGAGAUGUGUAUAUAUCUCAAAGUACACUUAUAAUGAAAUCCUAUAUAUGUACAAUAUAUUAUAAAAUGUGUUUAAUUAUUUUAUUAAAUAUUUAUCAGACAGUCCCCCUGUCGGCAGCUCCAUAGACUCCUAUUGCGGCCAUGUCGCAGAAGCGCCUCUAGCGGCUGUCAGGUCACUUAAGGUUCUCUUAAACUACUAUGUUUACAUGUGAAGGGUUAAAAGCUAGUGUCCCUUUAAAAAUAAAAAUAAAAAUAACAUUUAUAAUGAAAAAUGUACACUACAAGUACUUAAUACUUAUUUUUGCUGAUCCAAGUGCAAGGAGCAGAAGAAAGCUCUUCCAAGACAGGGAAUAGUUUGCACCAAUCAGGAGCCUCUCAGUCUGGUCUAAAAACCCUAUAGAGGACAUGGCUUUAUAGCAUAUGAUGUUCAGUUUCCAGGAGCAAUUCCAUUCAUCUGAUCUGAUGAGUAGAACUGCAGACUAACUUCACAAGGGCCAUACCACAUCUGCUCUCUCUCAACCCUAUUCUAUUUUUUACGCAACCCUGUGUACUGUGUUCACCUAGAAGCCAACUGUACAUGCUUACAGCCUGAACUCGUUUUUUUUUUUUUUUUAAGAGCCAGACAUGGGAAGCUUGCAAAUAUAUGCACAAUAUAAAAAGUGUUUUUAGUGACCGUAUUAAUAUUGGAAUGAAAAGGGGGCAAAGUUAUAGGUUGGGUGAUUUAUUACCGCUUGGUACAGCUACUAUGGAGACCGGGGAUAUUUUAUAACAGAACUGUUGUUUUUUCUUUUUUGUUUUUUUUUUUCUGUUAUUUAACUGUUGUUUUAGAUAAUGCAAACUAGGUCACCUCAAACUGUAUGUGGGAUUUUUAUUAAUUCUCUUUGGAGAUGACUUGGAUUUGUGUCUCAGAUGACUUCAGCUGAACUCAUACUUACAAAUAAAUAAUUAGAAUAACCAGGAGGGCAGUCCUGGACCGCGAACUAAAGUCAAUGGCCAUUGUAAGUCACCUGCUAUCCAACUCCUUGAAAUAAGGAAUAACCCUUAUAGAUAUAAACACAAGAAAAACAGGGUCCCUCUGCUGCUUCCAAGGGAUCCUAAGGAGGAAGAUAAAUGAGGGAUCAGGAAGCCCUACCUUUAUUGAAAUCUAAGGUGAUAUACAGGAGAAGUAGAUAAAUAGUCCAAUAAAUAUGAAAAAGGGAAAAAUUGUAGUAAGGUGCUAUGAGGGUAUAUCUAUCAAUCAGUCUCCGCAAGACACACAAAAAAAUCUGUAUUAUCAAGACCAUAAACCACCAUAGAAUCUCGAGUCGCACAACAAAAAUGAGAGGUAGGGCAAAGAGGUAAGGAGUAUUGGCUCUGCUUAGCCGAAUGUUUUCCGGACCACUGCCUUUGAUCUCUUCCUCGUUCCAGGUGGUGAACUGUUUCUGCUACAUCCAACUAGUGUGCUUCUAAAUUUCCUUGUAAAUCUAUCUUCAUUUGGGUAUGACUGUCUCAUGUUUUGGUAGUGAAAAUGCUCUGCUAGAGAUGUAAGUGUUGUCUGUCAUGUUAUUGUGGAUUAACUAUUUUUUGAACUUUAUUGAUUUCAGAGGGAUGGGGAAUAUACGCUUCACACUCGCUGCCUGAUGGAAAUGGAACACUAUAUGCGAAACAAUUACCCAGAUUUGAUGAAAAUUUGCAAUAUUUGCCGUGACAUAACAAUUCAGGUAAUGUUUUCUUCUGUGACCUAAAAAUGUAAUAAAUUAUAUGAAAUCUGAGGAUUUUAAAGAGUAGCAUUUAAAGAUUUUAUACACUGAUCAGCCACAACUUUAAAACCACUGACAGGUGAAGCAAAUAACAUUGAUUAUAUUGUUACAUCAGUCAAGGGGUGAGAUAUAUUAGGCAGAAAGUGAACAGUCAGUUCUUGAAAUUCACGUGUUGGAAGUAGGAAAAAUGGGCAAGUGAUAAGAUCUGAAUGACUUUGAAAAGGACCAAAUAGUGAUGACUAGAUACUGGGCCAGAGCAUCUCCAAAACGGAAAUGUUCCCGGUAUGCAGUGGUUAGUACCUACCAAAAGUGGUGCAAGGAAGGACAACCGGUGAACCGGCAUCAGGGUCAUGGGUGCCCAAGGCUCAUUGAUGCAUGUGGGGAGCAAAGGGUAGCGCUUCUUGUCAUAUUACGCAAAAGAGCUACAGUAGCUCAAAUUGCUGAAAAACUUAAUGCUGGACAUGAUAGAAAUGUGUCAGAACACACAGUGCAUCACAGUUUGCUGCAUAUGGGGCUACGUAGUCACAGACCGGUCAGAAUGUCCAUGAUGACUCCUGUUCACUGCUGAAAGCACCUUCAAUGUGAGUGUCAGAACUGGACAAUAGAGCAAUGGAAGAAGGUUGCCUGGUCAGAUGAAUCACAUUUUUAUUUUAGAUCAGGUGAAUGGCUGGGUUUUUGUGCAUUGUUUACUUGGGGAAGAGAUGGUGACAGGAUGCACUAUGGGAAGGAGGCAGGCUGUCGGAGGCAUUAUUAUGCUCUGGGGAAUGUUCUGCUGGGAAACCUUGUGUCCUGGCAUUCUUGUGAAUGUUACUUUGACACCUACCUAGAGAUGAUUGCAGACCAUGUUACAUCCCUUCAUGGCAAUUGUGGUUCCCUGAUGGCAGUGGCAUCUUUCAGCAGGAUAAUGCACCUGCCACAUUUCAGAAUUUUUUCAGGAAUGGUUUAAGGAACAUGACAAAGAGUUCAAGGUCAAUGAAGUGGUCUGGGUGCCAGGUCCCUCUAGUUUUAACCCUGCAGCUGAAAACAUAGCAGUUUCAGAGAAACUGCUAUGUUUCACUGAGGGUUAAUCCAGCCUCUAGUGGCUCUCACGGAGAGCUGCUAGAGGCCACUUCCGCGAUUCUCACUGUGAAAAUCAGUGAGAAGACACUGACGUCCAUAGGAAAGCAUUGAGUAAUGCUUUCCUAUGCGUGUUUUUAAUGCGCACGCGGCUCUGGCCACGCAUGCGCAUUCGGCUCCACUCGUGAGCCAACGUUGGAGGGGGAGGAGAGGUCACCAGCGCUGAGGGAGCCCGGUGCUGGAGAAAGGUUAUUGGCUGAAGGGGUUUUAACCCAUUCAGCCCAGCGGGAGGGGGGCCCUUAGGGUGGGGGGGACCUAAGGACUAUUUAGUGCCAGGAUAACGAGUUUGUCCUUUAAAGGAAUCUGCUGCUAAUGUCUUGGUGCCUGAUACCAGGACACGUUCAGAGGUCUUGAGUCCAUGCCUCGACGCAUCAAAAUGUUUUUUGUAUUUAGAGAUUGAGGGGGACUUACACGAUAUUAGGUAGGUGGUUCUAAUGUUGUAGCUGAUCAGUGUGUGAUUUUAAUUGAAAGAACACAUUUUGAGAAGUUUUAAUACACGUGUUAUGAAACGUUCUCCAUUUUCGUCGUAAUGGUGUGGAGGGGAAUUAUGUAUGUAGAUGUAAAAUAACAGAUGAAAUUAGUAACUUGUAAUACAUUUUAUAUUGGAAUAACAGAAUUUAGGAAUGACAAGUUUUUGGGAGAUUCUCCCUUUCUGAAGUCUAAGGCACUUUAAAAUGCUUUAAGGACCAAAUGCUACAUUAUGCUGUCAUUGCCUCCUUAUUUUAGCUUAUUUACUUAAUUAUUUAGCUCCAGCCCUACAGAAAGUAACUCAAUGGGUAAUUCUAUUUCAGAAUAGGAUCCUUAAAAAGAACAAGUAAUUCUGAGGACUGCCAUUGGUCAUUAAGACCAGUGAAAUGCAGAAGAGACAAGUCUCAUUACAUAUGCAUGUAGCUGUGAUCUUAUUUUGAAGUACUAUCUUAUAUAAAAGCCUUUAAUAAUUUACCUUUUACAGCUCUUUUAGAUGUCUGAUAUGUGAUACUGUCAUUGACCAGAACAUAUACGGAUAAAAAUGUAUUAGUCCCAGUCUGAUAUAAAGUUAGACUGUUAUGCUUUCAAAGGUUUUUAACUCAUCAAGUACAUUAUUCAUGUAUUUUCUUUAAGUAUAUCUUGUGUAUCUACCGUAGUGUUGAUACAUAUUGUAUUUUUAGAAUAGUUUGAUAUUCCUGUCUUACGGAUCCCUUUAUAAUGUCCUUUCUAAAGAGCCAGGCUUGUGUUGUCUGUGGGAUCUACAUUCACCUACCAUGUGUGGAGAAGUACUUUAAAGGACAUGCAGAGCCUCGUUGUCCUCACUGCAGUGAACCGUGGGCUCAUGAAAUUCCAGGUUAGUUGGUUAUAUAUGGUGGGUUUGUUUUCAUUUUGUAGAUGGUACUUCAGUUGUUCUGUGCUACGUGAAUUUAGUACAUACCACUCAAAAUCAUUUUGUUUUGCACCUUUGGUAGUUUCAGGUGCUUGAUGGUUGUUAAAAAAAAUAAACACAUUCUUUUUUUUUUUUUUGUAAGAAGUACCUGAAUAUACCUCAUAAAAGCAACAACCUUCAUAGAUAGUUUGUUACAAAAUAUGAGAUUUUUCCGACCCGUGGAGAUCACUACCCUAAAAGCAUUAUCCAAAGGCCAUUGGGUACAUGUCAGUUGUCCAUUGCAUGGGUACCAAUAUGUUACCCAACCUGUGCCCAAGAUAAUAGUUAUAGUAGCCAUUACAUGAUUUAUUAUAUUUUUCGGUCAAUAUGAUUAGGAUUUUGCAUAUAUUCACAUUGCUAUGUUCUGUCACAAUUGUCUUCUGGAAAGAAGAUCACUUAUUUCCCAUAAUGCCUAUGGCUGCUGUGAUAUACUUAUGAAUAAGCGUGACGUCACAGAAUGUGAAGGUAUAAGAGUCAGGAUGUAAAAUUCUCGGCUCUCAUACCCAUACUUGAGCCGUGCUUCCAAGCCCUCUAAUUAGUGAACUAAAGGAUUUUCACGGCAAGGAGAGGGGGGCAGGACUGCAGGUACUAUAACAACUUCAAUAUAAUGAAGUUGUUAAAGUGUCUCUUUAAAUUUAGAUACAGAUUUCAACCAUCUGGCAACACUGACAUAUUUCUAGCUUGUUUUGGUCAAGAAUUGCAAGUACUGAAAAUGAUUAAAUACUAUGAAGGAUGUCUGGAUUUUGCAGUCUGCAUGGCCCUGUAUUGAACCGGUUGGUUUUGCCUCAUUCGGUACAGGGUCAUUUGGAGUUUACACUGCACUACAGCACACUCUUUUAGUGUAUAUCUGAGUCAUUAAGGUAAGAGUCAUCAUGUCUCUGAUUUGCUUUAUUAAAAAAAAACUGCUUGCAUAAAAGGUUGUCGUUUUUUUUGUUUGUUUUUUUUUUGUCCAGAGCUGUACUUAUUCUAAACCCUUGCUUAUCCACACAGAUUUAAACCAGGCUGAUUCUCAAAGUUCACCGAUACCCUCCACUUCGAAAAAUGGCCAAGUUCAGACCCAAGAGAGAAGAUUAUCCAAAACUCAAUCGAACUUAAGGAGCAGACGAUAAGAACAAACUUAGAUACAUUCUUUUGAAGAGAGCUCAGGGAGUUUUACAGGGUUAUUCACUGAAGUAAAUUUCAAAUUGAAGGCCACAGCAGCUGAAAUGGAGACACGGCUGAGUUUGCGAAAUUUUUCCAAUUUGGCUAGUUUGAGCUUAAAUUUGAAAUUGAUUUUGAAUUCUCACUUUGGUGCAUAACCCUGCUAGUGUUUUUCCCUCUCUAUCUAUCAAAGCCAUACAAUUUACAUUUUCGUAUUAUUGUUAGAACCUGCUCACAGUCCGUCACAGUUUAACCCGUUGCUUCUAAAGAACUGGUAUUUGUUUUGACGUCAAUGAGCAUUCCUUAGUUUUGUACUUUGCAGAAAGAAAGAACAAUUGCAAUAAAAUAGAUUUAACAAUGUGAAUGCAGUUGUUGCAGCAAAAGUCGUAUUCAGCUGUGCACACCUACUAGAUAGUCAUGUGAUGAAGCCAGACUUCCCUAUUCUGUGUGCACCUAUAAAGUUUAAUUAGAUUUGUUGAAAACAACUUCUUAACCUGUUACCAUCACAUUGUGCCUAUAACAAGUUCACCUCUAUAGAUGUUCUGGCACUGUUGCCGGCAAUUGUAUUUUUAAAAAAAGAGACACUUGGGUAAAGAUUGUGUCUUCUUCGAACACGUGUGUCCAGAAAUGGAUGGGUAGGCUGUGUGCCUUCCCCCCCCCCAAACGUUACCCUGAACGACAAUUGGAGCAUCCCACAAAUCAUGCAAGUAAGGCUGAAAAAGAAAAAAAUAUUUCUUUAUAAAAUGUCGACAAGUCAUGUUGGCACCAUGGAAGCACUUCGAAGUGGCAGUAAAUUGGAACUAUACAAAAAUAGUACUAAAAUCAAAGCUCAAAUAGCCAAAGGGGAAUUGUAUACAGAUCUUUUUGUGACAUUUAAGGGUCAAGGGGAGAUGAUGUAGAAGGUAAAAGAGCUCUACAUGGGCAGAAUAAGAAAGUGAUACGCAUAAAGUAGCUGAGAUGCGGAAAGCAAUGAUAUGACAAAAAGAUGGUCUGAGUUUCCGUCAGGACCAUUUGUUCAACAGAUUCAACAUGCAAUCCAUGUUUAAUGGUAAAUGUUUAGUAUUAUUAAAGUUACUUUAUUUAUUUUUAAGCAUUAGAUGGAUUGGAAGCCUGGCAAUUUUUCUCAUAUGGAUUUUUUUGAUGUUUUCCAUAAUAAACUUACUUUUAGUGGGAGUGCAUCUUGUCACCCUAAUAUAUAUGGUUUGGAAUUCAAAGUGUUAUUUGCAUAUGAAUGUGUCCAUUGUGUUCUGUUGGAGAACUAGAAUGAGAGGUAUAUAAAGGAGGACACUAUUGUACCUGUCAGUUUAUUUUCGGCAUAGUUGGCCUGACCCUAUUUUCAGGAAUCGAGCUAUAUGGGUGUGCAGAAUAUCCUCCCAAAAGCAGUUUUUCUGCUGUCUAUUACAGCAACAACAGCGAAUUCACUGUAUUUGUGCAUCUCACACUUUGUUAGAGGACCAUAUAAAUGUAG